AUGCCAAUCGUCAAUCCAGAAAAGCUAGUUGCUCUGCAGCAAAAUGCUCAAGACAUUAGAAAUGAUCAUGGAAAAACUUCACUGUCAGAUGCCUUGAUUGCCACAAAUGGCAUCAUUUCUCCAAAGCUCGCUGGUAAAAUACGAUACCUCGACUCUCGACCAGAUGAACAGACGCGCGGGAUUACUAUGGAAUCAUCUGCCAUAUCAUUAUAUUUCUCCAUGUUAAGACGAAAUGCACCAGAUGCUACACCUGAACAAAAAGAAUACUUGAUCAACUUAAUAGAUUCGCCUGGACAUAUCGAUUUCAGCAGUGAGGUAUCGACCGCCUCACGAUUAUGCGAUGGCGCUGUCGUUUUAGUGGAUGCAGUUGAGGGAGUCUGUAGUCAGACUGUUACGGUUUUGAGGCAGACAUGGGUAGAACAUAUGAAACCUCUCUUGGUAAUCAACAAGAUGGAUAGACUUAUUACGGAAUUGAAGAUGACCCCAGCCGAAGCAUAUACACAUUUAAGCAAGCUGCUGGAGCAAGUCAAUGCUGUACUUGGAAGUUUCUUCCAAGGUGAGCGAAUGGAGGAAGAUUUAAACUGGAGAGAAAGAGUGGAUGAGAGAAUUGCCGCUGCCGCUGCGAAAGAACAAGAACGAUCAGGGAAUGACGGAAGCACCUCAAUUGAUACCGAAGCUAUGAACGAAUUCCAAGAAAAAGAUGAUGAGGAUAUUUACUUUGCACCAGAAAAAAAUAAUGUCAUAUUUAGCAGCGCCAUUGAUGGAUGGGCAUUCACAGUUAGACAGUUCGCCAGCUUGUAUGAGAAGAAAUUGGGAAUCAAGAGAACCGCAAUGGAGAAGGUUCUAUGGGGAGAUUUCUACCUGGAUCCGAAGACCAAAAAAGUCCUUGGACCAAAACAUCUCAAGGGGCGAAAUUUAAAACCAUUGUUUGUCCAAUUAGUUUUGGAACAGGUGUGGGCUGUUUAUGCGGCAACAACGGGUGGUGACAAAGGGAAGGGUGAUCCUGUCAUGACAGAAAAGAUUACCAAGUCAUUAAACAUUACUUUACCUCCACAUGUUACACGUUCCCGCGAUCCACGGGCUAUUCUUACUACAUUAUUCUCAUCAUGGCUUCCACUAUCAACUGCUCUACUGGUUUCUGUCAUCGAAUCUUUACCUGCUCCACCUGCUGCUCAAGAAGGACGACUACCAGCACUUAUCGACGCAUCUCCUGGUGCAUCACAUGUUGAUCCCAAGGUCAGAGAAGCAAUGAUUAAAUUCAAGACUUCAAAAGAAGAACCGGUUGUGGCUUAUGUCAGUAAGAUGGUUUCGAUACCGGAGAGUGAACUACCUGAGAACAAGCGACGAGGGGGUGCUCUGAGUCCUGAAGAAGCCUUGGAGAUGGGUCGACGUAAGCGAGCCGAAAUUGCAAGACAGCAGGCUUUGGAAGGAGCCUCUGAAUCAGUGGAUGGAGUAUCUGAUGCACUUGGAUCAGUAAGCCUUGAGGAGCCUGUCGAGGAAGAGAAGAAACCCGAUCCAGAACAUCUGAUAGGUUUUGCACGAAUAUACUCUGGGACUUUAUCUGUAGGAGAUUCUAUUUAUGUAUUACCGCCAAAGUUCUCUCCUGCACACCCACACAAUAGUCCUGAACCACAAAAGGUUACAGUCACGGCGUUAUACUUAUUGAUGGGCCGUGGAUUAGAACCGCUUACUUCUGUUCCAGCCGGUGUUGUAUUUGGUAUUGGAGGUCUUGAAGGCCAUAUACUCAAAUCUGGAACCCUUUGCAGUCAAUUGGAAGGUAGUGUCAAUCUUGCAGGAGUUAACAUGGGUUCUCAGCCUAUCGUUCGUGUUGCUUUAGAACCAGCUUGGCCUGGAGAUCUCGACAAGAUGAUUCGAGGUCUUAAGUUACUCGUUCAGAGUGAUCCUUGUGCUGAGUAUGAACAAUUCGCAAGUGGUGAACAUGUUCUACUUACAGCAGGGGAAUUACAUUUAGAGCGUUGUUUGACAGAUCUUCGUGAGAGAUUUGCAGGAUGUGACAUUCAAGCAGGAGAGCCGAUUGUACCAUACCGAGAAACCAUUGUUAGAGCUGAAGAUAUGAAACCUCCAGCAAAUAAGGAACUUGGAAGAGGCACAGUUGUAUUGUCAACUACAUCAAAACAGAUCAUGAUUCGAUUACGUGUAAGACCUCUUCCAGUGGAGGUAACUGAGUUCUUGGUCAAGAAUGCUGGCGCUAUCAAGAGACUUUAUUCUGAUCGUCAGGCGGAGGAGAAGAGCAAGAAGACCGGCGAUGAUACCACUCAAGAGACAAUUGAACAGGAAGAGGUUGAAGAACUCUUGGGUGGCGAGAAAGUCUUAUCAUUGGCUGAAUUUAAACAAGAACUACAAAAAACCUUCGAAGGAGUAAAAGGUCAAAAAGAUAUUUGGGCUUCAGCUGUGGAUCAAAUUACUGCUUUUGGUCCACGAAGAACUGGACCUAAUCUCUUACUUGACUCCACGGCCGAUGGAAUCCUUGGAAAAUUCCUUCGCGAAGACACCACUACUGACUCCCAAGACUCAACAGCUCAAAAUCAAGCACUUCAAGCCCGUUCCUUUUCUGAUAAAAUUAGCUAUGCUUUCCAACUCGCCACUGCCCAAGGUCCUCUCUGCAAUGAGCCUAUCCAAGGAAUCGCUGUUUUCCUCGAAGAUGUCACCAUAGCCCCUUCCACUGACGAUGAAUCAUCAACUCGUGAUAAUUUUGGUCGAUUAACUGGUGAAGUGAUUAAAACUGUUCAACAGGCUAUUAAACAAGGCUUCUUGGAUUGGUCCCCAAGACUUAUGCUUGCUAUGUACUCGUGUGAAAUCCAAGCUAGUACCGAAGUACUCGGCCGCGUCUACGACGUCCUCACCCGUCGUCGCGGACACAUCCUCUCUGAAUCCCUCAAAGAAGGAACCCCCUUCUUCACCAUCGUAUCACUUCUCCCCGUGGCCCUCUCCUUUGGCUUCUCAGAUGAAAUCCGCAAGAGAACUUCCGGAGCAGCUAGUCCCCAGUUAAUCUUUCAGGGCUAUGAGGUCCUAGAUGAAGAUCCCUUCUGGACUCCCUUUACCGAGGAUGAUUUGGAGGAUCUGGGUGAGUUGGCUGAUAGGGAGAAUGUGGCUAAGAAAUAUAUGGAUGGUGUGAGGAAGAGGAAGGGGUUGAGGGUCGAGGGGGAGAAAUUGGUUAGGGAUGCUGAGAAACAGAAGACGUUGAAGAGGUAG